CGACGCUUGUGGCAAUGACGCUUGUAUUCUUUGUUCAUUCUGUUUAUAUGCCUGCCGAAUUAAUCUUCGGAAAUUUAUUUUAGAUUUUAGCCAGUGAUAAUAUUUUUCGGCUGUACUGUUUGAGAAGAUUGAGAGAAGGAAAACUUUAAUCCUUCAGGCGCCUUGCAGUUUUUAUAUAAGCCACCAAAGAAAAUGGAAGGAUUUCAUCAGUUGCGUAUCCGAAUACGCUCUUGCAGACUGCAGGUUUCUGGUAUUAUUAUAACGGUUUUAUGACCAGGGUACUGUAUGGACCUGAUCUGACACAAAACAUAAAUCAUUUUCUUUGCAUCCAAAAUAAUGAAUUCAGACUCUGGGACAACGACUGAAAUGCUUUCGAAAGCAGGAGUAUCAGACAGACUAUCUGAUGCACAACUUUUGAAAAAAUUUGCCAUAAAAGACUGUUAUAUAAGACUUGACCAAAUGAAGGCUGAUGAAUAUGAUGCAGCCGGCAUCAAAUCAUCUCAGAAAAUAACAGGAUCUAAUACACCUUUUGGUUCUAAUAGUGAAUUUAAUGGCCCAAAAUUCGCAGAAAAGCAAAAUGAGCAUGAAGUUAGACAAAAUCCAGCUUGCAAUACCAAAAGAUUACCAUGUUAUGAAGCAAGUCCAGAUAUUAUAAUAGAUAGGGAAAUAGAAUUAGUUACAGUAAAUUCUGAGUCGGAAGAUGAUGUUUAUCAGGUGGGAUAUUGUAUCAAUAAAAGCGAUCCUUGGGAGCAUUUAUUGCGUGGUACAUUUAUAGAGAUGUAUGCCGAGUUUGGAAAAAAAAGAAGAAGAAACCGCCUAUCAAAUUCUAAAAUUUUAAAAAGAUGUGACAUGAACAAUAUAAAAGUGGAAAGUUACAUUUGGGAAAAGCAGCAUAAGCAAAAUACUGCUGUGCAAGCUAUAAACGAUGGAGAUAUGGCAAAGCACCAAUCACCUUCUCAAACUAAAACUUCUCAACUCCAUUUGAAUAAUAGAAAUGGAUCAAAUUCUAAAGUUUUAAAGAGAAAAAGAAGUAGCAAUGAAAAUGAUAUGAAAGCACAAGGUGGCAUUUUGGAAAGGCAGGGGAAACGCCGUAAAAGAAAUGUGCAAAAUAGAGCUGUGCAAGCGGUAAAUAAUGAAAUUGAGAAAGAAGAGGAUAGUGAUAGUAUUCUGGUAAAAAAAUAUGGGCUCAAAAACUGUUUUGUUGCUAUACCACGACUUCCACCUGAAAUCCCCGAAUUGCCACAACCUCAACCAGUCCAAGCUCGUUAUGGUCAACAAUUUAUGGAAGAAAUUGCGCAAAGAGCUUGCCCACCAGCUGGAAAUAACGUUGUAGACUUAGACAGAGUAUAUACGGAGGCAGGAGUCGGACAGUUCUCAAGUCUAAUUCGAGAAACGCUUACUCGUGAGAUAAAGAAAUUCGUAAAUCGUAUGUGUGGAAGCGAUGCAACCUUUAAAAACUGACGUAGAAUUAUUGCUAGAAAUGAGGAAAGAUUGAAAGCACAAGGGAUGAAAAGAAAGAUGUGGUAUAAUAAUCGGAAAAUACGGAAACCUUCGAGAAAUAUAAAGCACCCCUUAGUUCUAGCAGAAAGAAAUGAAAAAGUUGCUUUUUUAGCCAGAAAACUUGCUCAACAAAAUAAAAUUGACCAUGAAAAGUAUCAACAACCUAACUGUAGUGGUAUUUAUAAAGAAUGUCAUAGUGAAAAGGAAUCCGAUCAUAUCCAAAUUUUUAAAUUUCCAUCAAAGAUGGGUGAAAAACUUCAGGACUUAAAUGCUGAUGGUAAAGAAAAUCAUAUUGGAAAGCAGCCACUUAUCUUUGACAGCCAGCAAGACAUUGAAACUGAAACAGUGCAAAAUAAUGAUAAUGAUGCAUCAACCUAUGCAAGUUCUAAACCAUGUGAAAGUCUGCAAUAUCGAUUGCCAGUAAAGUGUCCUGUGACUGCAAUAACAGAAAUGGAUUGUAUUCCAUUUCAGUUAAUUGACAGUAAUGAACACACAGAUACAAGAAAUGCAUUGAAGGAAGUUAUAUAUGAUGUGAGUCCUGAGUGUAAUCCACUGUCCCUAAAUAGAGAAAUUCCUCUAAAUAUGAAGCAUAAUAAUGAUGCUAGUGAAAAUAAAACCUUUGGUGCGACAAAUGAGUACAAUCCACCAUCAUUAAGUAGAGAAAUUCCUCAGAGUAUGGAGCAUAUUGAUAAAGCCAGUGAAAAUUUAAGCCUUGGUGCAGCAAAUGAUCCACCAACUUUAAGAAGAGAAACUCCUCUGAGCAUUGAGUAUUUUAAUGAUGCCAGUGAAAAUAAAGGCUGUAAUGCAGCAAAGGAAGAAUUUUUUGUCAUUGAUGAAGGUUCUGACUCUGAAAAAAAGAGUUGUGUUUCAUAUUCAGAGGAAUGCUCUGGAGCAGAUCAGCAGUUGUAAUGAUACAUUAUAACAACAUUUUAAAAACAUAUAUAUAUAAUCUCACAUUCACUGUUAUUUCAUGUUCAUCAUAUUUGUGCUAUUCUCUUGCCAAAGUAAAUUGGUUUCUGAAAUAAAUAAGAUUUUUUUUUUUUUUCGAUUGCCAGUAAAAGUUUUACAUUGAAUAGUCUUGAUCCUCGUUUUUGAAGAAAAGUACUACGAAUAUAAAGAAUAUUAGUAUUAUAUCAAAUAUUUCAAUGUUAAAAUAGAAAAAACAAUUAAAAGGUGAAGUUAUUUGCUUUGAUUUAUGAAUUCUGAUUUGAUGCUAAUCAUGAUUUUCCAAUAUCGUUAGUCCUUCUAAUAAGCUUGCUAGUAUUAAGUGAAGAAUGAAUAUCUAAAAUUUAUGUUUUAUCUCUUAAAAUGGAAAAUAUGAUGAACUAAGUGAAGAAUUACUGUACUGUACUGUAGAGCUGUAUUAAGUGAAGAAUUAAUACUUAAAGUUUAAGUUUUAUCUCUCAAAAUGGAUAUAUAUAUUAAACAACUUCUUGACUUAACUGUUACAGUAAGUGUGUAGACUUUUUUUUUUUUUUUUUAAUUCUUACAACUAAAAGUUUUUUGCAGUUUUGCUUGUUAAAAUUAUAUCUAUUGAUUAUUCCAAAUGAUUAAUUUUAAAAAGUUAAAAUCACUGUAAAUAGAAAGUUCCUCAAUCCCUUAUUAGUUCAUGUGUCUGUAUUUGUGUAGAAUUAUGUAAGAUUUAUAACAUGGAAACUUGGCUGUAUAUAAACAACCAUUGCCUUUUACAGGAUAUCUAUUGUUAUACAAAAAUCAAUGAAAACUAUAAAAUAUUCCUUAUAAAUUUAGAUUUUUAUAAAAAAUAUAUUUAAUCUUUUGGUGAAUUUUCCUUAAAUGGGCCUUAUUAUAAUUUUUAUAUUAUAUUUAAUUUUAAGAAACAGUUUCAAUUUGGGGAGAAUUAGUAUUUGAAAAUCCGAAGUUUAAAGAAGUAUGUAUUUAAAAAUGUUUUAUGUUAAUUGAGCCAAAUGUGCAUUUAAUUAAAUUCACAUUAAUGUUUUCUCGUAGAAACGCGAUUAAUUUUUUCUUUUUGAAAAUUCGGGUACUUUUUGAAAAAUUAAAUCAUGGUAUGUAUCUAUGAUAUUGCCUCCUAAUUCUCUAAUUAGCAGGACAAAGUUUGAAAUUAUUUUAAUGCCCAAUAGAAUUCUAUAUCCAUUCGAUAGAGUUGCAAAGACUUUUCUGAUUUUCAUUUUAUACAGAAAUGAUUCAAUUUGAUGCAAAUGCGAAGGAACUUUUCUUCUGUUUCCUAAGUGGUCUGAAAUACGUUGUAAAAAAUAAAAUAAUAUUUAACCUAGAUUGUAAAAUGUAUUGUAUGUAAGUGUUUUUAUUGUUGGCAGGCAUUUUCAAAUGCUUGUUAAUUUAUUAGUAAAGUGUUUCAUUAAAAUGCUGCAUGGAAUUAAAGUGUUAGAUUAAAAUGUUAUGACAUAUUUCAGCUUACUUUUUUAUUGUAUUAACCUUAUGAAAAUGUAUCUGCUAUUCUAAUGAUUGCAUUGUUAUCCUAUUUCUACAUAGUAAUGUUUAUAAUACUUGACUAGUGUUAAUAUUAUACUAUUUUUUUCAAUUUAUAGUGUAUUUUUUAACAAUUUAUUUGGCAGUUUGACUAAUAACAUGAUUUAAAUUGACGUGCCUAUGGUUACCUGGUCUGUCUAAUUGUAAAUUCACUUUUGCACCCUUUCUCUUACAGCUAAAAGUUUUUUUGUUGCAAUUUUGCAUAUUAAAAUUAUAUAUAUUAAUUAUUUAAAAUGAUUAAUUUUAAAUUAAAAUUACUGUAAAUAGAAAGUUUGUCAAUCCCUUGCUAGUCCAUGUAUCUGUAUUUUUGCUGAAUUAUGUAAUUUAUUAGAUGGAAGCUUGUCUGUAUAUAAACAACCACUGCCUUUUACAGGGUAUCCACUGUUAUAAAAAAUCAAUGAAGAUUAUAAGUUUAUAAUAUUCCUUAUAAAUUUAGAUUUUUAUUUUAAAAAAAUCUAAAAAUUUGUAUUUUUGAUUUUAUGUACAUAGUACAUAAAAUCAAAUAUCAUUUGACAAGAUAAACAAAUAUAAUAUAUUUAUUUAAACAAUUUAAGAUUAAAAAAUUCAAAUCAAUUACAAACUAAAAUAUACUUUUCAGAUAAAACACUCAAGACAAAUUAUAGAAUCCAAUUUUUUUGUCCCCACCUCCCAAGUUAUAAAACAAAGCAAGAAAUAAUUCAGUUUUAAGAUAAAGAUGUCUAUGCAAACACCAAUUUUUCUUGUGUUUUGAAACAAGAUUCUUUGGAGACUUAUACAGUCGGAUUUGCUUUAUAAAGCUAAGCAAGCUUCCAAUAUAAUUUUCCACUUAAUGAUUUUACUAUAAACAAUAACCAUAUAUGCUGCUUCUGUUGUCAAUAUCCCCUUUUCUCAAUUAAUACAAAGCCUACAAAAGUGUAUUACGUAUCAGUUGGAUUAUUUGCCGAUUAAUGACAUUUCAUACUCAGUUUAUAUUAUACGAUGCUUAAAAUUUAAAUGUAGGGGUAAAAAAAAAAAAAAAAAAAUCAAAAUACAAAA